ACCGGUCUGCUGCCAGUCUGCUACAGACAGCUGAGGGUUUCCGGACGGGGGAUUCCGCUUUACUACGGUCUGAUUGUAGAAACGUCGUGUUUAAAUGGCUAAAACAUACGAUUAUCUUUUCAAACUGCUGCUGAUCGGAGACAGCGGAGUGGGUAAAACAUGUCUGCUGUUCAGAUUCAGCGAGGACUCCUUCAACACCACCUUCAUAUCUACAAUAGGUAUAGACUUCAAAAUCAGAACAAUAGAACUGGAAGGAAAGCGAGUCAAACUUCAAAUAUGGGAUACAGCCGGACAGGAGAGGUUCCGCACCAUCACCACGGCAUAUUACAGAGGAGCAAUGGGCAUAAUGUUGGUCUAUGACAUCUGCAAUGAGAAAUCCUUUGAAAACAUCAAAAACUGGAUUAGAAAUAUUGAAGAGCACGCCUCAUCUGAUGUUGAGAAGAUGAUCUUGGGUAAUAAAUGUGACAUGACAGACAGGAGACAGGUAUCCAAAGACAGAGGCGAAAAACUGGCUAUUGAUUAUGGUGUGAAGUUCUUGGAGACCAGUGCAAAGUCUAGUUUAAAUGUUGAAGAGGCUUUUUAUACUAUGGGCAGAGACAUAUUACACAACCUGUGUACAAAGACGACUGAGAACACUUCAGGAGGAUCAGGAAGACCCAUCAAGAUCACAGAGAAGAAGUCGAAGCAAAUUAAAUUAUUCAAGUGUUCUCUCCUCUAGCCCGCUCGUUUCCAAGAAUCACAGCUCAGAUGUGACUUGCACAGUUUUUGAAGGGUUCCUGGUUGCCACAGCGGCAACAGCAGCAGCAACAACAGUGGUCGCAUUCAAGAGGUCCUACUGUGAGCUGACGCUCAAACAUUCACAAGUGGCUGAACAGAAAAGAAUGAAAGAGGAAGGAAACUGAAUGGGCUCAGUGAACUGACGUGUGCAGAACCGUCAGCAGACUCUUUUGGCAUUUAUAGAUGUGAAUGGAUAUGAAAAAGAAUGAAAAUAAAGAAUGUUUCACAUAUUGCAGUAUUAUAUCAUACAUACCUUGUGACAUAUUGGCUAUUGGAGUACUCUGGACAUGUUCAGAUAAUGAAACCACUGAGUGUACUCGUAGUUGUCUUUGUAAUUUCAUGUAUUUUCGUACUCUGCAUUUGCACUGACAGCAUGUUCAUUGGUUCAUGUGUGCCGUGUGAGGAAAGCAACAGCUGUGAUUUUUUUUUUUUUUUUAAAGCUGCCAGGAACUGUUAAUUAAUACAUAAUGUGUAAUUAUCACUGUUUGCAUUGAAGAUGUAUGAAGGAUUCAUUUUUAGCACAUUUAUAAAAAACAAGAACAAAUGUUUUGUGAAUUAAUCGAAAGUAUUAUCUGCCAAUUCUUGUUUUCAUGUUGCGUAAAUAUGUAUGUCAGCACAACUGUAGAUAAUCCAGCUCCCUUUAUAUGGUUGUUGGGAUGGGGGGGCAUUGUUAGCUUGAAGUAAUUGUCUCGUGAACUACUGAAUGUUGCACUAAACAAAUUAUAUGUAUUAAAGAGAGUAAAGGUCAUAUAGAUCUUUAAAAGAAAAUAUGUGGGUGCACUCGUGUAGCAACAUGAAAUGCAGCCUUGAAAACAGUUUGGUAACAUUUAUAUUCUGAUUG